UCAGAUCCUAUCCAGAGUUCAGUUCACUGAGCAGCAAACUUUGUCACCAUGGAUAUCCUCAGCAACGAUAAAAGAUGGCUUGUGACUCUUGUUGCCUCAAAUAAGGUCGUGGCCCCAGUUUUACAGGAUAUCGUAAAACAAGGAAUGGACAAGCUUUAUGUUACCCUGGAUAAUUACCUUAGAGGACUAGCGCCCCUAUGCAGUCUACCAACACUGACCUAGGCGGAUGUUUGCCGUCUGGCAGCCACUCCAAAUCUGGCUUCAUCUCUGAAAGACUUGAAUUUUGGAAAUAUUAACAACAAUUCUGGUAUCCAUGGUAAGACCAAAGGGGUCUACAACUACAAUGUAAGCAGUCCAGUUGAUCUUGCUAAGCUGUACCUCCCAUACUGCCUUGCGGUAUUCUCGGCAUUCGACAAAUCUAUGGAUUUGAGUGCCGCUCUUAGACUUUUGGGAUAUAGGAAGUAUCCCAUACAAGUAUUCGGGUCAACUGAUCCCUUGCAAGAUAUUCAGUCACUGGCAGAUGAUGUGAGAAAGAAUGUUUGGAAUCGGGGAAGUCAUUUUAACGAGAGUGACUGGACCCAAAUCGUCUUUGACCAAUGCUUUGACAAGUUGAAGGCUCUGCUACAAUGUCUGCCCCUGCUUCCCGAAAAAAAGAAGGAGCUUUUGGAUCACCUUUCUGCAAGGAAAACAGAUGGUUUCAAGUGGAUUGUUGAUAAUGAUGUCAAAGUCUUACUGGAAAAGUUUCAAAGCGUCAAACUUGCUUCAAUUAAUGACAAAUUGGAUGACAUACCAACUAAGGAUGAGAACGAAAGAGUGAUAACCAAGCUGUUUUCCUUUCACACCAGUAUGAUAGACAGAUUUGAUAGAAUGGAAUGCUUAAUUCGAAAAGUUAAUCGCAGGCUAGAUGGCUUGAGUUUCAGUGCUCUAAAUCAAGAAAGUAGCAAGAGUGUUCCCUCUACAGAAUCUAGCGUUUUAUCUGCAAACGCAAGUUACACAGGAUUACGCCAAAUGAGGGAUAAGGUAACGUAA